AUGAUUGAGGUAAAGGAGAGGGAGAACGGGGCCAAUGUUGAGGCGAGCAGGGUAAAGGAGAGAGAGAAUGGGGCCAGUGUUGAGCGAGCAGAUAAGGAGAGAGAAUGGGGCCAGUGUUGAGGCGAGCAGGGUAAAGUAGAGAGAGAACGGGGCCAGUGAGGCGAGCAGGGUAAAGGAGAGAGAGAAUGGGGCCAGUGAGGCGAGCAGGGUAAAGGAGAGAGAGAAUGGGGCCAGUGUUGAGGCGAGCAGGGUAAAGGAGAGAGAGAAUGGGGCCAGUGUUGAGGCGAGCAGGAUAAAGGAGAGAGAGAACGGGGCCAGUGUUGUCUGAGUUAGAGUAUGGUCAUACAUUUGGCAGGAGGUUAGGAAUUGCAGCUCAGUUUCCACCUCAUUUUGUGGGCAGUGUGCACAUAGCCUGUCUUCUCUUGAGAGCCAGGUCUACCUACAGCGGCCUUUCUCAAUAGCAAUGCUCACUGAGUCUGUACAUAAUCAAAGCAUUCCUUAAUUUUGGGUCAGUCACAAUGGUCAGGUAUUCUGCCACUGUGUACACUCUGUUUAGGGCCAAAUAGCAUACCAAUUUGCUCUGUUUUUUAAAAUUAUUUCCAGUGUGUCAAAUAGUUGUCUUUUUGUUUUCUCAUAAUUUGGUUGGGUCUAAUUGUGUUGUUGUCUUGGGGCUCUGUGGGGUCUGUUUGUGGACAGAGCCCCAGAACCAGUUGACUGAGGACUGUUCUCUAGGUUCAUCACUCUGUAGGUGAUGGCUUUGUGGUGAAAUGUGUGUGCAUCGUUUCCUUUUAGGUGUUUGUAGAAUUGAACGUCUCUUUUCUGGAUUUUGAUAACUAGCGGGUAUAGUCCUAAUUCUGCUCUGCAUGCAUUUGGGGUUUUACAUUAUACACAAAGUAUAUUUUUGCAGAAUUCUGCAUGCAGAGUCUCAAUUGGGUGUUUGUCCCAUUUUGUGAAUUCUUGGUUGGUGAGUGGACCCCAGACCUCACAACCAUACAGGGAUUGAUGGUUUCUAUAACUGAUUGAAGUAAUCUUUAGACAGAUCCUAAUUGGGAUGUCGAGUUUUAUGUUCCUUUUGAUGGCAUAGAAGGCUCUUCUUGCCUUGUCUCUUAGAUCGUUCACAGCCUUGUGGAAGUUACCUGUGGUGUUGAUGUUUAGGUUGAGGUAGGUAUAAUUCUUUGUGUGCUCUAGGGCAACGGUGUCUCGUUAUAAUUUGUAUUUGAUGUCCUGGCAACUGGACCUUUUUUGGAACACCAUUAUUUUUGUCUUACUUAGAUUCAUUGUCAGGGCCCAAGUCUGACAAAAUCUGUGAAGAAGAUCUAGGUGCUGCUGUAGGCCCUCCUUGGUUGGGGACAGAAGCACUGGUUCAUCUGCAAACAGUAGACAUUUGAUUUCAGAGUCCAGUAGGGUGAGGCCGGGUGCUGUAGACUUUUCUAGUGCCCUUGCCAAUUCAUUGAUAUACACUGAGUUUACAAAACAUGACAUAGACUGACCAGGUGAAUGCUAUGAUCCCUCAUUGAGGUCACCUGUUAAAUCCACUUCAAUCAGUGUAGAUGAAGGGGAGGAGACAGGUUAAAGAAGGGUUCUUAAGCCUUGAGACAUGCAUUGUGUAUGAGUGCCUUUCAGAGGGUGAAUGGGCAAGAGUUGUGUUAAUACUAUUGUAAUUAUUCUGCACCAUAGCCUAUUUACUGCCUUACCUCCAUAACUUGCUACAUUUGCACACACUGUAUAUAUAUUUUCUGUUGUAUUUCUGACUUUGUUUUCUACCCCAUAUGUAACCCUGUGUUUUUUUAUUUAUUGCACUACUAUGCUUUAUCUUGGCCAGGUCGCAGUUGUAAAUGAGAACCUGUUCUCAACUGGCUUACCUGGUUAAAUAAAGGUAAAAAAAGACAAAAGUGCCUUUGAAUGGGGUAUGGUAGUAGGUGCCAGGCGCACCGGUUUCAGUGUGUCAAGAACUGCAACGUUGCUGAGUUUUUCAUGCUCAACGGUUUCCUGUGUGUAUCAAGAAUGGUCCACCACCCAAAAGACAUCCAGCCAACUUGACACAACUGUGGGAAGCAUUGGAGUCAACAUGGGCCAGCAUCCCUGUGGAACGCUUUCAACACCUUGUAGUCCAUGCCCCGAUGAAUUGAGGCUAUUCUGAGGGCAAAAGUGGGUGCAACUCAAUAUUAGGAAGGUGUUCCUAAUGUUUUGUACACACAGUGUAUAUGUUGAAGGUGGGGCUCAAGCUGUGUCCCUGUCUCACCCCCCUGAGGAACAAAAUCUGUGUGUUUAUUGCCAAUUUUAACUGCUCACUUGUUGUUUGUGUCAAUUUGUAUAGCAGACCAAACCUUUUUUUGAAAUCAACAGAGCAUGAGAAGACUUUGCUUUUGUUUGUUUGUCAAUAAGGGUGUGUAGGGUGUAUACGUGGUCUGUCGUACAGUGUGAGGUUGGCGUUUGGAUUGGAACAGUGAGGAGGCAAUAUGAGGAAGAUGUGUUUUUUUCUUGCCCAGAGUGAGGCUUCUAUUAGCAAACGUGAAGAUAAGCCGGCGACUGUACAAGUAUUAAAAAAAACAAAUAAAUAGGACGAUGAACAAAAAGUAGGCCUAAUCAACUCAAAAGAAAAUCCAGGCUCAAUAAUUACACUGGAUGAGCUACAGGACAAAAUACAAACCCUCCAACCCAAAAAGGCCUGUGGUGUUGAUGGUAACCUAAAUUAAAUGAGAAAAUAUACAGACCACAAAUUCAAAACAAAAGUGGAGAAAAAUGUUACCCCAAUAAUGACAGUGGAAUCUGUGUCAACAGCAAUCUCGGAAGAAUCCUCUGCAGUAUCAUCAAUAGCAGACUCCAACAUUUCCUCAGUGAAAACAAUGUCCUGUAAUUAUUGCCUGUUAACCCGGCAGCAUGCUGAUCUGACCCUGUUUGUCUGUCUCUCAAACAAAGUAAUCACAUGCUUCUUGUAACAACACCCAUUACCCAGACUGCAUCACAAACCCUACCAAUUAUAUAAUUGACAAUCAACUUCAAUAAAGGCAUGAAAAGGUAUACAAACACAUUCAGGUAGUAUAUUCCACACGAUAAAUAUCCCCACAUUAUUAUCAAUAAAUAAAUGUUAUUCUCAUCAACCGUAAAUCAUCAGUGUCUGGUUAUUCAAAUAAGCAUGUCUUUAGAUUAGGUGACGGAGAUGACAUACGGUAUUUUGGUUAAAAGCCUAUUUGACAUUUGCUCAGGAUGUUGUUUUCACUGAGGAAAUGUUGGAGUCUGCAGAGGAUUCUUUCUGAGAUUGCUGUUGACACAGAUUCCACUGUCAUUAUUGGGAUCAAAUUUGUCUCCACUUUGUGGAUUGGGGUGACCAGACCUUGGUCCCAAAUAUUGGGGAAGAUGCCAGAGCUGAGGAUAAUGUUGAAGAGUUUAAGAAUAGCCAAUUUGAAUUUGUGGUCUGUAUAUAUUCUCAUUUUGUUUUAGUUACCAUCAACACCACAGGCCUUUUUGGGUUGGAGGGAUUGUAUUUUGUCCUGUAGUUCAUACAAUGUAAUUGGAGAAUCCAAUGGGUUCUGGUGGUCUUUAAUAAAUUAUUCUAAGUUUAGUAAAUUAUCAUGUAUAUGUUUUUGUUCUUGGUUCUUAGUUAUAUGUCCGAAAAGGUUGGAGAAGUGGUUUAUCCAUACAUCUCCAUUUUGGAUAGAUAACUCUUUGUGUUGUUGUUUGUUUCCCAGAAGUGAUUUGAUUCUAUGGAUUCUUCAGUCACAUUGAGCUGUUUUCUAACAUGCUGUUCCUUUUUUUUUUCUUAGUGUAUUUCUGUAUUGUUUUAGUGUUUCACCAUAGUGAAGGAGUAAGCUACGUUUUUCUGGGUCUGUGUUUUUGGUUGGAUUGUUUUCUCAAUUUCUUUCUAAGGUUUUUGCAUUCUUCAUCAAACCAUUUCUCAUUGUUGUUAGUUUUCUUAGGUUUUCUGCUUGAAUAUUUAAAUGUGAUAUGUUAGCUGAGAGGUCAAAUAUACUGUUCAUGCUUCCUACUGCUAAGUUUCCACCUUCACUAUAGCUGGUCAACAUUUUGUCCAGGAAGUUGUCUAGGAGGGAUUGGAUUUGUUGUUGGCCAAUAGUUUUUCGGUAGGUUGUGAUUUUGCUGUGGUCUGAUAGGUGUGUCAGUUGGCUGACUGUGAACGCUCUGAGAGACUCUGGGUUGAAGUCAGUGAUGAAGUAGUCUACAGUACUACUGCCAAGAGAUGAACUGUAGGCUGGUGUACCUACCGUAUGAGUACCAUUGACUAUGUACAGACCCAGUUUGCAACAGCUGCUGGAAUUGUGACCCUCAUUUUUGCCUCAUAUGACAUUACAGUAGGCUACCGGUAGCCUGUAUCAAUUACGCUUUUCAGACAAUGGAAUGUGGCCCCUUGAAAGCUCUACAACCUCCAUAGAGGAUGACCUUUCCUCACAGGAAGCGGUGCAGGUCCUAAUCCAGGCACUUGUCAUCUCCCAUCUAGACUACUGCAACUCUCUGUUAGCUUGUCUCCCCGCUUGUGACAUCAAACCCCUGCAACUUAUCCAGAAUGCUGCAGCCCACCUGGUGUUCAAUCUUCCCAAGUUCUGGGAGGACCUAUAUAGGGUGUGGCCAGGGUUGGUUUGGAAGGGGUGUCAACUGGUUGGAGUGGGGAUGUGGAUAGUGAUUAGGUUUAGGUCUAGGAGGGAGUCUGGCAGGUCUGGGUCAGGUGCUCAUCUCUCUAUUGCUCCUGUGUGAGGUGCUGGGGCUGCGGUUGAGUUCGAUGUCUUGGCCUUGUAUAGGUGUACCUGGUCGUAGAGGCUCUCCAAAUCCAGGGUGGGGUGAUGGGCCAGGUAAACAUUGGUUUUGAGGCACAGUCACGGGAAAUGCUUGUAUUCACCCGCUGUAUGAUGACAGGGUGAAAGUAUUUUCGUGGAGGGUGGAGAUGACCACUCGUGUGGUAGAGAAAGUGGAAGAAGCUUUUUCAAUCACUCCCUUGAGUGCUGUGGCCACCCUUUCCUGCUGGGCCCUCAGGUCGUUUGUGCCUGUGUGAAUUAUGAUGUGGCUGGGGGACCCUAGUCGGUCCUCUGACCGCAGCUCCAGGGCGUGCCACGUGUUUGGAGACCACAGUUUAGCCACUUUGUGUAGGAAAGAGUUUAUUUUCCUUAGCAAAUUUCCUGUUUAAGUCUAUUAGGAGACUGAAAAGAUUUGGCAUGGGUCCCCAAAAAGUUAUACAGCUGCACUAUCGAGAGCAUCUUGAUCGUUAGCAUCACCGCCUGUUGUGGCAACUGCUAGGCAUUCGACCUUAAGGCGCUACAGAGGGUAGUGCGUACGGCCCAGUACAUCACUGGGACCAAGCUUCCUGCCAUUCAGGACCUCUAUACCAGGCGGUGUCAGAGGAAGGCCCAAAAAAGUGUCAAAGAAUCCAGUCACCCAAGUCAUAGACUGUUUUCUCUGCUACCGCACGGCAAGCGGUACCGGAGCACCAAGUCUAGGUCCAAAAGGCUCCUUAACAGCAUCUAUCCCCAAGCCAUAAGACUGCUGAACAAUUAAUCAAAUGGCCACCCGGACUAAUUACAUUGACACCCCCCCCCCCUUUGUUUUUACACUGCUGUCCUUGGCAGUCUUUAUCUGCUGGUUGUUGUGUUGCUGGGUAGUCCUUGGCAGUCUUUAUCUGCUGGUUGUUGUGUUGCUGGGUAGUCCUUGGCAGUCUUUAUCUGCUGGUUGUUGUGUUGCUGGGUAGUCCUUGGCAGUCUUUAUCUGCUGGUUGUUGUGUUGCUGGGUAGUCCUUGGCAGUCUUUAUCUGCUGGUUGUUGUGUUGCUGGGUAGUCCUUGGCAGUCUUUAUCUGCUUGUUGUUUUGUUGCUGGGUAGUCCUUGGCAGUCUUUAUCUGCUGGUUGUUGUGUUGCUGGGUAGUCCUUGGCAGUCUUUAUCUGCUUGUUGUUUUGUUGCUGCGUGGUCCUUGGCAGUCUUUAUCUGCUGGUUGUUGUGUUGCUGGGUAGUCCUUGGCAGUCUUUAUCUGCUAGUUGUUGUGUUGCUGGGUAGUCCUUGGCAGUCUUUAUCUGCUGGUUGUUGUGUUGCUGGGUAGUCCUUGGCAGUCUUUUUCUGCUAGUUGUUGUGUUGCUGGGUAGUCCUUGGCAGUCUUUAACAGUAAGAGUCCUUUCCAGGUAUUUUUGUCCAAAUUCAAGGUUGUACGCUUGAGUUCCGUUAACACCAUCUCUCUCUCUCUGUGUGUUUGUGUCCUCUAGACCUUUAUAUUGAGUUCUGUUAACACCAUCUCUCUCUCUCUGUGUUUGCGCCUUCAAGACCUUUUAUAUUGAGUUCUGUUAACACCAUCUCUUUCGCUCUCUCUCGCUGUUUGUGUCCUCUAUACCUUUAUAUUGAGUUCCGUUAACACCAUCUCUCUCUCUCUCUCUCUCUCUCUCUCUCUCUCUCUCUGUGUGUUUGUGUCCUCAAGACCUUUAUAUUCACAGAUGGGGAGGAUCAGGAGCUGAGGAGGAGAGCAGGUAAAACAAUACACUCUUCAGGUGGACAAUGGAAGUACAAAUAGGAGAGCAAUUAUUGUGUCACUGUACCUUUGUGAUUGAUGUUCUUAGAGAGACUUAUAAUAUGUUAUCAGGCAUAUGUGCAUUUGAUACUCCGUUAUAAAGGUCUCAGUAGUAAGAUAAGUGGGCUCAGCACCGUUUCUCUUUCUCUCUGUCAGGUGCUAACGUCGUCAACACCAACUGUUCAGCAGUACACACGCGGCAGGCCCUGUGCUGUAAGAUGUCUGUGGAAUACGACAAGUUCAUCGAGUCACAGAGGAAGUGAGUGUUCAGUCACACUUUACCUUACUGCCUGUGUAAUCGGUGGGAUUUGAACCUAGGUCUCCCACGGGAGAAACCCACGUCUUGACCAUUACACCAAAAGGAAAUUCCCUCUUGGGACGACCACUGAUUUUGAUGUCGCUGGCGGGGCUACCUCAUCACGUGACCAUGAGCAACCAUGUCUGCUACACCUGCUAUUCCCCAUCACAUUGCAUGCUAAGAACUUAACUAUAGAUGAAGUCAUUUAUUAUAAUCGGCCAAUAAGUAGCCAAUUCAGAAGAAGUGAAUGUUUUCUCCUGCCCUGAUCAGAGACCUGAAGUAGUCCCACUUGCUUGGUGUUUAAAGCCCAGUGCAGUCAAAACUGGAUUUUCUGGUGUUUUAUAUAUACUGUAUUUCCCAUACUAUGAGGUUGGAAUAAUACUGUGAAAUUGUAAAAUGUUUGAAAAGACUGCCUGAAAUUUCAGCCUGUUUUGGUGGGAUGGAGUUUUGGCCUGACUGGUGACAUCACCAAGCGGUAAAUUAGUUAAUAGACCAAUAAAAAGAGUUCCAAACCUCUCUGCCAAAAACAGAUCGUUUUCAGUUCCCCUCCCAACUCGGACCACUCCUAGACAGUCCUAGCAACAUUCUUGCUUGUGAAAUGGCUCUUUGGUAAGAAGCUAUUCUGGUUUCCCUUUGACCUUUUUAAUUGAAAACAAUCACAGUAAGGUACUUAAUAGUUACCCAGAAAUUAUUUUAUAUUGAGAUAAAAACGGCUGCAUCGGACCUUUAACCCUGCUGCCUUUGUCAAGAGUACUGAGCCCCCCAGUUUCAGCAGACUGCCUGUCUUAUGUAAAGAAAUACAGCUAUUUCUUUACUGCUGAGAUGAGGCCUUUUUUGAGAGUACAUCUCACACAUAGACAUACAUUGUAUAUACAAAAGUAUGUGGACACCCCUUCAAAUUAGUGGAUUCAGCUAUUUCAGCCACACCCAUUGCUGACAGGUGUAUAAAAUCGAGCACCCACUGCUAGAGCUGCCCCGGUCAACUGUAAGUGCUGUUAUUGUGAAGUGGAAACGUCUAGGAGCAACAACGGCUCAGCCGCAAAGUGGUAGGCCACACAAGCUCACAGAACAGGACCGCCGAGUGCUGAAGCGCUUAGCUCGUAAAAAAUAAUCUGUCCUCGGUUGCAACACUCACUACCGAGUUCCAAACUGCCUCUGGAAGCAACAUCGGCACAAUAAUUGUUUGUUGGGAGCUUCAUGAAAUGGGUUUCCAUGGCCGAGCAGCCGCACACAAGUCUAAGAUCACCAUGCGCAAUGCUAAGCGUCGGCUAGAGUGGUGUAAAGCUCGCCACCAUUGGACUUUGGAGCAGUGGAAACAUGAUCUCUGGAGUGAUGAAUCACACUUCACCAUCUAGCAAUCCGACGGACGAAUCUGGGUUUGGUGGAUGCCAGGAGAAUGCUACCUGCCCCAAUGCAUAGUGCCGACUGUAGAGUUUGGUGGAGGAGGAAUAAUGGUCUGGGGCUGUUUUUCAUUGUUCGGGCUAGGCCCCUUAGUUCCAGUGAAGGGAAAUCUUAACGCUACAGCAUACAAUGACAUUUUAGACGAUUCUGUGCUGUCACGCUUGUUGAAUGACGGGUCAGACCAAGGCGCAGCGUGAUAUGCAUACAUGUUUAUUUUAACUGAAUAAACACCACGACAAAACAAUAAAUGAAACGAAACGUGAAGUCCAAGGUAGUACAGAAAACAAACCUUACACGGAACAAGAUCCCACAACUAGACAGUGCCAAUAGGCUGCUUAAGUAUGGGCCCCAAUCAGAGACAACGAGCGACAGCUGCCUCUGAUUGAGAACCACACCGGCCAACAUAGAACUAGACAUACUAGAUCCUCAUACAUAGAACAAGCACAACAAGGAAUAUACACACCCUGACUCAACAUAUAAGCGUCCCCUGAGUCAGGGCGUGACGUGCUUCCAACUUUGUGGCAACAGUUUGGGGAAGGCCCUUUCCUGUUUCAGCAAGACAAUGCCCCCGUGCACAAAGCGAGGUCCAUACAGAAAUGGUUUGUCGACAUCGGUGUGGAAGAACUUGACUGGCCUGCACUGAGCCCUGACCUCAACCCCAUUGAACACCUUUGGGAGGAAUUGGAACGCCGACUGCGAGCCAGGCCUAAUCGCCCAACAUCAGUGCCCAACCUCACUAAUGCUCUUGUGGCUGAAUGGAAGCAAGUCCCUGCAACAAUGUUUCAACAUCUAGUGGAAAGCCUUCCCAGAAGAGUGGAUGCUGUUAUAGCAGCAAAGGAGGGACUAACUCCAUAUUAAAGCCCAUGAUUUUGAAAUGAGAUGUUCGAUGAGCAGGUGUCCACAUACUUUUGGUCAUGUAGUGUAUGUCUUAGAUUCUCUGUAUGUUUGGUUAAGGAGGUCAACAGUUGAAUAGGACUGUAUGUCUCCACAUACCUCUGCCAAUCACAGGCCUAUUUGAAAACAUGGACACAUUCGUUCCAGUCCCAUGUCCUGUAUUUGUUCCAGUCCCAUGUCCUGUAUUUGUUCCAGUCCCAAGUCCUGUAUUUGUUCCAGUCCCAUGUCCUGUAUUUGUUCCAGUCCCAUGUCCUGUAUUUGUUCCAGUCCCAUGUCCUGUAUUUGUUCCAGUCCCAAGUCCUGUAUUUGUUCCAGUCCCAUGUCCUGUAUUUGUUCCAGUCCCAUGUCCUGUAUUUGUUCCUGUCACAUGUACUGUAUUUAUUCCAGUAUUUGUUACUUCUAUACAUUGAUGAACACCAUCACUGUUGUGAUAAUGUGAUGUUAACAACUUAACAUGUCAGUAACACUUCAUAACAUUUAUCUAUAACAACUUUAUAGUAACUGUAUUUAUGUAAUAGCUUGCAUCCCCCCCCCCCCCCCAGGUGGUUCUGCCAUAUGGAUGAUGAUAACUAUGUGAUUGUACCCAGUCUGCUGAAGCUGCUGUCCUCCUACCACCACACCCAGGAUGUUUACCUGGGCCGGCCCAGCCUCGACCACCCCAUAGAGGCCGCAGAGAGGGUCAAGAGUGACGGAUCUGUGAGUACAUCCAGUGUCUGUAUGUCUGUCUGUCUCUCUCUUUCUCCAUCCCUUCUGUCGUUCUGUCUAUACCUCCCUUCCUGUCUCUCUCUUUCUCCAUUCCUUCUAUCUGUCGUUCUGUCUAUACCUCCCUUCCUGUCUCUCUCUUUCUCCAUUCCUUCUAUCUGUCGUUCUGUCUAUACCUCCCUUCCUGUCUCUCUCUUUCUCCAUUCCUUCUAUCUGUCGUUCUGUCUAUACCUCCCUUCCUGUCUCUCUCUUUCUCCAUUCCUUCUAUCUGUCGUUCUGUCUAUACCUCCCUUCCUGUCUCUCUCUUUCUCCAUUCCUUCUAUCUGUCGUUCUGUCUAUACCUCCCUUCCUGUCUCUCUCUUUCUCCAUCCCUUCUAUCUGUCGUUCUGUCAAUACCUCCCUUCCUGUCUCUUUCUUUCUCUCUAUCCCUCUCUUGUUCUCUUACUUCUGACCUCUGACCCUUGUUUUCUUCUCCCAGGUGUCAGUGAGGUUCUGGUUCGCUACAGGAGGAGCAGGGUUCUGUAUCAGUCGUGGUCUGGCCCUCAAGAUGAGUCCAUGGGCUAGGUGAGUUUGAACAGUUCAACAUUUUCAAUGUUCUUCAGAUGCCCAUAUUAUUGUGGCUGUUUAAAGGGUAAUUUAAAUGUAAAUGCAGAAAUGUAGAUUUCAGCCUAAAUAGACACACCCAAAAAUAACUACUUUUAAUGAACAGUUAUAUGAUAAGGACAUACAUAAACUUGGUAUCACACCUGGGAGAUAAGGAAAUUGUCAGAACAUAGGAAUGGCACAGUUCAGAUCACACAAGAUCAAACACACACAAAGUAACCUUUUUUAAAAAUGUAAUCUUUCAUGGACAAGCUAUAAGUAAAUGAUCGAUGAAUAGAGCUGGAAACUCCUCAGAUGGCUUCCACAACAACUCAAAAACUUCUGUGGAAAAAAUGUGAUUGAUAGACACAACAGCUAUAACUUUAUAAACGUUUUAGUAAGGGGUAUAAAAACAAAAUGUCUACAAUAUCAACUUCUCUCAAACAUUGUGGUUGUGUCAGGGGACAUCCAAGUGUCCUUUCAACCUCCCAAACAUCAUCAUCCUCCUCAUCCUCCUCAGCAUCCUCUCUGUGGGGAAUAAAAUACAGGAAUAUAAAGGGAUCAGUAUUGCAGUUGACAAAUCUUACAAAACUACAUUAUUCUAAUAUAAAAGCAAUAUGCUAAAGGCUAACACCCAGCCUAAACUGUGUUACAAAUUCCCUGCUGGUGACUUUUAGCAUCUCACAGCCCUCUCUCAGAGACUAACUCUGUACAUGUCUAACUCCUUCAGUAGGUUCCCCUCCCCCACUGGACAUAGCAGGCCAGGGGGGUUGUAGACUGGCCCUUCACAACUCGCCAGGUGAGAGAGCAGCCAAGCUCACCUGUCCACAAAGCAUCUCAGAGUAAGAGUGCUGAUCUAGGAUCAGUUUGGCUUUUUAGAUCAUAAUGAAUAAGAUUAUUUGGACACUGUCUGGAGAGUGGCUCACACAGAGGUGUGAAACACAGACGCACACACACACACACACACAAAGCCACAAUGCAAACAGUGGGACACAUAAGAGACAAGGGUGGGUGGGGGGUGCUGAGUAGUAUUUUUGUUGUAAUAAUGUGUUGUUUUUGCUCAAUCUGAUUGGGUGGGCCUGGCAGGGCCUGGCUCCCCAGUGGGUGGGCCUCUGUCCACCCAGGCCCACCCAUGCCUACGCCCCUGCUUCCCAGUGGAAAACUAAUUUGAAAUAUAUUGCACAAACAGGACACAGUUACAUAGGCCUAUACUGUGUGUAAGCUAUACAUACAGUCGUGGUCAAAAGUUUUGAGAAUGACACAAAUUCUAAUUUUCACAAAGUGUGCUGCCUCAGUUUUGAUUAUGGCAAUUUGCAUAUACUCCAGAAUGUCAUGAAGAGUGAUCAGAUGAAUUGCAAUUAAUUGCAAAGUCCCUCUUUGCCAUGAAAAUGAACUUAAUCCCCAAAAAACAUUUCCACUGCAUUUCAGCCCUGCCACAAAAGGACUAGCUGCCAUCAUGUCAGUGAUUCUCUCGUUAACACAGGUGAGAGUGUUGACGAGGACAAGGCUGGAGAUCACUCUGUCAUGCUGAUUGAGUUAGAAUAACAGACUGGAAGCUUUAAAAGGAGGGUGGUGCUUGAAAUCAUUGUUCUUCCUCUGUUAACCAUGGUUACCUGCAAGGAAACACGUGCCGUCAUCAUUGCUUUGCACAAAAAGGGCUUCACAGGCCAGGACCAUCUCCUAAAGUUGAUUCAGCUGCGGGAUCGGGGCACCACCAGUGCAGAGCUUGCUCAGGAAUGGCAGUAGGCAGGUGUGAGUUCAUCUGCACGCACAGUGAGGCGAAGACUUUUGGAGGAUGGCCUGGAGUUAAGAAGGGCAGCAAAGAAGCCACUUCUCUCCAGGAAAAACAUCAGGGACAGACUGAUAUUCUGCAAAAGGUACAGGGAUUGGACUGCUGAGGACUGGGGUAAAGUCAUUUUCUCUGAUGAAUCCCCUUUCCGAUUGUUUGGGGCAUCCGGAAAACACCUUGUCCGGAGAAGACAAGGUGAGCGCUACCAUCAGUCGUGUGUCAUGCCAACAGUAAAGCAUCCUGAGACCAUUCAUGUGUGUGGUUGCUUCUCAACCAAGGGAGUGGGCUCGCUCACAAUUUUGCCUAAGAACACAGCCAUGAAUAAAGAAUGGUACCAACACAUCCUCCGAGAGCAACUUCUCCCAACCAUCCAAGAACAGUUUGGUGACUACCAAUGCCUUUUCCAGCAUGAUGGAGCACCUUGCCAUAAGGCAAAAGUGAUAACUAAGUGGCUCGGGGAACAAAACAUCUGAAUUUUGGGUCCAUGGCCAGGAAACUCCCCAGACCUUAAUCCCAUUGGUCAAUCCUCAAGAGGCGGGUGGACAAACAAAAACCCACAUAUUCUGACAAACUCCAAGCAUUGAUUAUGCAAGAAUGGGCUGCCAUCAGUCAGGAUGUGGCCUAGAAGUUAAUUGACAGCAUGCCAGGGCGGAUUGCAGAGGUCUUGAAAAAGUAGGGUCAACACUGCAAAUAUUGACUCUUUGCAUAAACUUAAUGUAAUUGUCAAUAAAAGCCUUUGACACUUAUGGAAUGCUUGCAAUUAUACUUCAGUAUACCAUAGUAUCAUCUGACAAAAAUAUCUCAUAACCCUGAAGCAGCGAACUUUGUGAAGACCAAUACUCAAAACCUUUGACCACGACUAUUCAGUCCACAAAAAAGACCACAACUAUAACAAAACAUUACUGUAAUGUAAAAGCUAUACUAGCCUAAACAAAGCAAACAGUGGGACACAGGUAGCCUACCUUUAGAGACAAAGUAACAAUGGCCAUGAGAAUCUGGUGGCCUCUCCAAAGUUAAACAGAAUAUAUCCAACUUUUAGCAGCAAACUAAUGUGAAAUAUAUACAAUAUGUAAGUACUUUGGAAUGAUAGACAGGAUAUAGGCUACACAGGAAAGGACACCGCUAUUCUAGAAAUACAAAGCACAAAGGAGCAGACCACAACUAGAUAAAACAUACUAAAUACACUGCUCUAAAAAAAAGGGAACACUAAAAUAACACAUCCUAGAUCUGAAUGAAUGAAAUAAUCUUAUUAAAUACUUUUUUCUUUACAUAGUUGAAUGUGCUGACAACAAAAUCACACACAAAUUAUCAAUGGAAAUCAAAUGUAUCAACCCAUGGAGGUCUGGAUUUGGAUUCACCCUCAAAAUUAAAGUGGAAAACCACACUACAGGCUGAUCCAACUUUGAUGUAAUGUCCUUAAAACAAGUCAAAAUGAGGCUCAAUAGUGUGUGUGGCCUCCACGUGCCUGUAUGACCUCCCUACAACGCCUGGGCAUGCUCCUGAUGAGGUGGCGGAUGGUCUCCUGAGGGAUCUCCUCCCAGACCUGGACUAAAGCAUCCGCCAACUCCUGGACAGUCUGUGGUGCAACAUGGCGUUGGUGGAUGGAGCGAGACAGGAUGUCCCAGAUGUGCUCAAUUGGAUUCAGGUCUGGGGAACGGGCGGGCCAGUCCAUAGCAUCAAUGCCUUCCUCUUGCAGGAACUGCUGACACACUCCAGCCACAUGAGGUCUAGCAUUGUCUUGCAUUAGGAGGAACCCAGGGCCAACCGCACCAGCAUAUGGUCUCACAAGGGGUCUGAGGAUCUCAUCUCGGAACCUAAUGGCAGUCAGGCUACCUCUGGCGAGCACAUGGAGGGCUGUGCGGCCCCCCAAAGAAAUGCCAACCCACAACAUGACUGACCCACAGCCAAACCAGUCAUGCUGGAGGAUGUUGCAGGCAGCAGAACGUUCUCCACGGCGUCUCCAGACUCUGUCACGUCUGUCACAUGUGCUCAGUGUGAACCUGCUUUCAUCUGUGAAGAGCACAGGGCGCCAGUGGCGAAUUUGCCAAUCUUGGUGUUCUCUGGCAAAUGCCAAACGUCCUGCACGGUGUUGGGCUGUAAGCACAACCCCCACCUGUGGACGUCGGGCCCUCAUACUACCCUCAUGGAGUCUGUUUCUGACCGUUUGAGCAGACACAUGCACAUUUGUGGCCUGCUGGAGGUCAUUUUGCAGGGCUCUGGCAGUGCUCCUCCUGCUCCUCCUUGUACAAAGGCGGAGGUAGCAGUCCUGCUGCUGGGUUGUUGCCCUCCUACGGCCUCCUCCACGUCUCCUGAUGUACUGGCCUGUCUCCUGGUAGCGCCUCCAUGCUCUGGACACUACGCUGACAGACACAGCAAACCUUCUUGCCACAGCUCGCAUUGAUGUGCCAUCCUGGAUGAGCUGCACUACCUGAGCCACUUGUGUGGGUUGUAGACUCCAUCUCAUGCUACCACUAAAGUGAAAGUACCGCCAACAUUCAAAAGUGACCAAAACAUCAGCCAGGAAGCAUAGGAACUGAGAAGUGGUCUGUGGUCACCACCUGCAAAACCAGUCCUUUAUUGGGGGUGUCUUGCUAAUUGCCUAUAAUUUCCACCUGUUGUCUAUUCCAUUUGCACAACAGCAUGUGAAAUGUAUUGUCAAUCAGUGUUGCUUCCUAAGUGGACAGUUUGAUUUCACAGAAGUGUGAUUGACUUGGAGUUACAUUGUGUUGUUUAAGUGUACCCUUUAUUUUUUUGAGCAGUGUACAUACAGUAAAGAAAGUUAUACAAAAUAAUUUACUUACAGAUCUAAAACGGAAUCUAAUCCUUCUAGAAAACAUUUUUCUAAGCCCAAGUCAUAGUCAUCUUGGUCCAGGUUGCUCUCAGCAUCUGUGUCUGACUCACGAAACAGUUCCUUCAAAGCCUCUUUCUCUGUAUACCUGGUUUUGUCAUAUUUUUACCCCCCUGUUGGGUAGUUUCCAACUGUUGCAUUCGUUAGAAUUGUUGUUAAAACCUUUAAAAAAUGUUGAUGACCGUUGCUACAUAUACUGUAGAUACAGUACACAUGAAAACAUGAAAUGACCUCGGGAAUCGAUAGAACAUCGCUCAGAGAUACAUAAAUACGAUAUAACAUUCAAAAUGGGGGAAUCUUACCUUUAAGCUAUUAAGCCAAACUGUUUUGAGCAGUUCACUCACUACCUCACCUCUUCCCUCCCCUUUCUUCUCUCUCUCCUCCCUCCUUUCUCUCCCUCUCACCCUCUCCACUCCUCCUCCUCCUCCCCCCAGUCUGGGGAACUUCAUCAGCACGGCGGAGAAGAUCCGUCUCCCUGACGACUGCACCAUCGGUUACAUCAUCGAGGCGCUGCUGGAGGUGAAGCUGACACAUACACAGCUCUUCCACUCCCACCUGGAGAACCUGCAGAGGCUGCCCACAGACACCAUUCUGGAGCAGGUAGGGGUGGAGGGAGAGAGAGAGAGAGGGAGACAGAGGGAGAGAAAGAGACAACCCUCCUUUGUCUUUUUGUCUGUGAUGCAUACAACAGCUUCCAAUUGUUUUCAGCCAUCAAAUACAAACUGUGUGUGUGUGUGUGUGUGUGUGUGUGUCUAGGUCACUUUGAGCUACGGGGGUUUUGAGAACAGGAGGAAUGUGAUCAGCAUUGGCGGAGCCUUCUCUCUGGUGGAGGACCCGUCACGGUAAACAGACAAACAUUACCCCAACAUUCACCCAACAUUGUCAGGCACAAGGAAAUUACAUGACACUGGUUUGCUAAACCUCUGCCUCAGUGCAUUUUGCUCUAGCUGAAUUGUGAAUGACAUGUAAAUGGUUAUCCUCUCUCUCUCCCCCCUCUCUCCCCUCUCUCUCUCUCCCCUCUCUCCCUCCCCUCUCUCCCCCCUCUCUCCCCCCUCUCUCUCCCCCAACUCUUUUCUCUUUGUCUUACCAUCUUCCUCUCUCUCUCUCCUCUCUCUCCCCCCUCUUUUCUCUUUGUCUUACCAUCUUCCUCUCUCUCCCCCCUCUCUCUCUCUCCUCUCUCUCCCCCCUCUUUUCUCUUUGUCUUACCAUCUCCCUCUCUCUCCCUUUCUCCCACUCCAUCUCUCCUCUCUCCCUUUCUACCCCUCCAUCUCUCCUCUCUCCCUCCAUCUCUCCUCUCGGCCUCUCUCUCUAGAUUUAAGACUGUCCACUGCCUCCUCUACCCAGAGACUGACUGGUGUCCUAGUAAGGGUCACCAUUGA